AUGUGUCUGGACUGUGACUGUGUCCACCCUGCCGGCUGUGGGAGUGGGUGGGUGGGCGGGAGCGGCCAUAAAUCUAACGUCAGCGUUCCCGGAGGAGGAGGCCGAGUCGCCGGGCUGACGGGAAAAGUGGCAGAAGCUCAGAAGACGUUGUUUGUUCUGGUGUUUCCUACAGCAAAGGAGUGCGGCGGCGUCCUGACGGAGCAGCAGAAGGUCAUCCAGUCACCUGGCUUCCCUGACGAGUACCAGGAUGAGCAGAUCUGCUACUGGCACAUCCGGGUCCGUCUGGGCCAGAGGAUCCGGCUGAACUUCCUGGAGUUUGACGUGGAGGACGACACGGCGUGCCUGGCUGACUACCUGGAGGUCUACGACAGCUACGACGACGUGUCCGGCUUCGCUGGAAGGUUCUGUGGUGAUUACCUACCUGAUGAUAUGAUCAGCACAGGGAACGUGAUGACGCUGAAGUUCCUGUCGGACGCCUCGGUCACGGCCGGAGGCUUCCAGCUGCAGUACACAGCUGUCAACGCAUCGCUGCUCUCACACAACCACACCCAUCACUUCACCUGAGCGGCAGGUGGCGCUGCUGCAUCCUGAUGCUGUAUUUAUGACGUGACUGGUGACCUCGUUUACUGUAAUGAGUGUUUAGAGCUGAUUAAAGGAAUAAAACAAGUGAAACCC